CGGGACCGAGGACUGAGGGAGGUUGUCUGGGGGCCGAGUCUUGGCUUAGUGAAGUCGAACGGGGAGGUUCUGGGGGCUGACUUUCUGGCUCCAGGGAUCUCUCCGUGGCCCCUUUCCAUCGAUUUUCUUGUUGGAGGCAACUGGCCUUAAUAGCCAACUAUCUAUGGACGAGACUUACUUGUUAUUGUCGUUGUUGAUGUUGGGCCUUAGGAGGCACCCGAAGUGGAGUUGAGUUCUGUGCGCUGGCUGUGUGACCUUGGGUGAAUCCAGUCACGUCUCUGACCCCGAGUUUUCUCCUUUUUAAAUGGAGUAUUUAGAUUGCUUUAUAAUACAUUUUAGAGUGGUUCCUGUUAGUUCUUUUUUUGUUUGGUUGGUUUUUUUUUGUUUGUUUGUUUUUGUUUUUCGAGACAGGGUUUCUCUGUGGUUUUGUAGCCUGUCCUGGAACUAGCUCUUGUAGACCAGGCUAGGCUGGUCUCGAACUCACAGAGAUCCGCCUGCCUCUGCCUCCCAAGUACUGGGAUUAAAGGCGUGCGCCACCACCGCCCGGCUCUGAUAGUUCUUAAUACAGAAAAACUUGACCCUAUUUUUGACCGAAUGCCUAGCUACAAAGGAGCCUGGCAUUCUCAACUUCUCUUCAUGGUGCCAUUCUGUAAGUGGGGGAAUCCUGAAUCUUGUUUGACUUGCCAGUAAGUAAUUCCUUUGGGGUUCAAAUUCAGGAACCCGGAGGACACAGUCAAGUUUUGUGCCCUCUCUGCAUUUCGCUGUAGAUUUCUACGAGCCAUUCCUUGGAUUAUUUGAGACCUAUUGCUUAUUCUUAAACUAAUGGUUUCAUUAAGACCCAUUGCCUAUUCUUGAGCUUUUAAAAUUGGGGUAUUGUAACCUAAUAGGAUAGGGCCGAUGUAAAGGAAGAGCAAGUUAAACAUCCGUACAGUUUCUGUUUUGUGACCUGCCCUUAAAAGGUGGCCAUUAAGCCUGGCGACCUAGCUUUUUCUAUCAGAAAGGAAAAUCCUUUCAGCAGUAUGUAUUCAUUUUACUACACAGUCAGGACCCUUGUGCGGUUUUGCGGCUCUCUUUGAAGUUAGUCCCAUCCAGAGUAGCUGGGUUUUAAGCAGGUUGCCUAGGAAUAUAGAGGUAACGCAGAGUCUGAAUCUUGUCUGUUAGCAUUGAAAGCUUGGCUCUGACACUUAUUAAUUGUAUAACCCAGACUAAGUCUUGGGGGUGGGGUGGCAAGAAUUGAUCUUCUCACAGUGUUGCCGUCCUUGUUAGGUGAGACACUUAGAGGACUUAUUUUCCCUUCCAGAUGCUCUGAAUCCUUACCAACUUACUGUUUUCUAAACUCCCUUCCUGUACACCUCUUAUUUAUUUCCCUAACCAAAUUCUAGGCUUUGUAAGGACAAUGUAGUAAGGUUUCCUUAGAUAUGAUCAACUUCCAAUUGCCAGUUAUUAAUAUUUUCCCAUUCAUUCCUAAUCUCAACAGCGCAGUGAUUAAAUUACGGUUAAGAAGGGCAAAUGUCCCAUGCCCUCCUUUAGCAACCCUGAGAUUGAGUAUUGUCAUUAUCCUCAGGAAACAAGGGCCUAGAGUACUUAAGGGACUGUAGAAUAAGAAGUAGGAUCAGGACUAGAAAGGUCUGAGGGUCAUUUGCUCAGAUCUGAGGCCUCUCUGUUACAGUCUUUGCUGUGUUUCUCUGUGACUUUUGGGGAAUGAGAACGCACUACUCAGUUGUGAGUCUUGAUUCCUGAAUUGUGCAAGUGAGGAGGUAUAGGAGAGAAUGAAGAAAACCGUACACUUAGACUAUUGUGCAGUGUAAAAAGAAGCCAUGUAUAAGAUUUUUUUCAUGGGAAUAAUCCCAAGAAAGGGAUCAGAGCCUGGGAGGUCCUGGGGAGAGGCGAGCACUCUCAGAAAACCAACUCCUCUGAAACCAGAGGCUUGCGAGGUCACUGAUGGUCACCUAGCAUCUCCGCUGUACAGGCAGGUUCUCAGGGUUCCUGCCGGUUUGCAAACAUGUUCACUGUGUCUCAGACCUCCAGAGCGUGGUUCAUUGACAGAGCGCGGCAGGCACGAGAAGAAAGGCUGGAGCAGAAGGAGCGGGAGCGCUCAGCGGUGAUCAUUCAGGCCAUCGUCCGUGGUUUCCUCUGCCGGAGGCGACUGCACAGAGACCUCAGGAGAGAGACUGAUGAGUUUUUUAACACAGAUGACUCUGGGUCCAAUAAAAGAAGUGCACUUUGUAUUUUUAAGAUUGCCAGGAAACUGCUGUUCAUAUACAAAACUAAAGAGGACAAUGAGAGAUUGGAGAAGUUGUGCCGUAGCAUCCUGAGCAGCAUGGACGCAGAAAAUGAGCCAAAGGUAUGGUACGUGUCCCUGGCUCUUUCCAAGGACCUCACUCUGCUGUGGAUUAAGCAGAUCAAGAACAUCCUGUGGUACUGCUGCGAGCUUCUUGAACAACUCAAGCCGGAAAUCUUGCAAGACUCCAGGCUCAUCACACUGCACCUCACCAUGCUUGUCACCUUCACAGACACAUCAACAUGGAAGAUUCUCCGGGGAAAAGGUGAGAGCUUUCGACCAGCCCUGAACCACAUUUGUGCAAAUAUAAUGGGCCAUCUCAACCAGCGUGGAUUUUACUCUGUGUUACAGGUACUGCUGACCCGCGGCCUGGCCAGACCCCGGCCCUGUCUGUCCACGGGCACUUUAACAGCGACCUUCUCUCUGGCAUUACGCCCUGUAGUUGCUGCGCAGUUCUCAGACAAUCUGAUGCGACCGUUUGUCAUCCACAUCAUGUCGGUACCUGCUCUCAUGACUCAUCUCAGCACAGUGACCCCUGAGCGUCUCAGUGUUUUAGAAUCCCACGACAUGCUUCGCAAAUUCAUCGUCUUUCUAAGAGACAGUGACCGGUGCCGCGAUGCUUGUGAAAGUCUAGAAGGCUGCCGUACUCUGUGUCUGAUGGGCAACAUCCUCCACUUGGGCUCCCUCAACCCCAAGGUGUUAGAGGAAGAAACAGAUGGGUUUGUGAGCUUGCUCACGCAGAUGCUGUGCUACUGCCAGAAGUACGUGUCCCAGAAGAAGUCUAACCUCACCCACUGGCAUCCUGUGCUUGGCUGGUUUUCCCAGUCUGUGGACUAUGGCCUCAAUGAGUCCAUGUACCUGAUCACCAAACAGCUGCAGUUCCUAUGGGGAGUGCCUCUCAUCCGCAUUUUCUUCUCUGACAUCCUCAGCAAGAAGCUGCUGGAGCACCCGGAGCCAGCUCCUGCGCAGCCAUCAUCCCCACAGAAUGUGCUUCCAGUGAAGAGUCUCCUCAAGCGUGCGUUUCAGAAGUCGGCUUCGGUUCGGAACAUUCUCAGGCCUGUCGGGGGCCGGCGCGUCGACUCCGCCGAGGUGCAGAAGGUCUGCAGCAUCUGUGUGCUCUACCAGACCUCGUUGGCGACUCUCACGCAGAUCCGCCUGCAGAUCCUCACAGGCCUUACGUACCUUGAUGACCUGCUGCCCAAGCUGUGGGCAUUUAUCUGUGAGCUGGGGCCCCAUGGAGGGUUAAAGCUCUUCUUGGAAUGCCUGAACAAUGACACUGGAGAGUCCAAGCAGCUCCUGGCCAUGCUGAUGCUGUUCUGUGAUUGUUCCCGGCAUCUCAUCACCAUCCUCGAUGACAUUGAAGUGUAUGAAGAACAAAUCUCAUUCAAGCUGGAAGAACUAGUCACCAUCUCCUCUUUUCUCAAUUCCUUCGUGUUUAAGAUGAUCUGGGACGGAAUCGUAGAGAACGCCAAGGGUGAGACCUUGGAGCUGUUCCAGUCCGUCCACGGGUGGCUGAUGGUGCUGUAUGAGCGAGACUGCAGAAGGCGCUUUGCUCCUGAGGACCACUGGCUGCGAAAGGAUCUCAAGCCUUGGGUGCUCUUCCAGGAACUUGACAAGGACCGCAGGAGGGCUCAGCUGAUCCUGCAGCACAUCCCCCAUGUCGUUCCUCACAAGAACAGAGUCCUCCUGUUCCGAAAUAUGGUUACCAAGGAGAAAGAGAAGCUGGGACUUGUGGAAACGAGCUCUGCUUCCCCUCACGUCACACACAUCACUAUCCGCAGGUCCCGGAUGUUGGAGGAUGGCUACGAGCAGCUCCGACAGCUUUCCCAGCAUGCCAUGAAGGGUGUGAUCCGAGUGAAGUUUGUCAAUGACCUUGGGGUGGAUGAAGCUGGCAUCGACCAGGACGGAGUCUUUAAGGAGUUUUUGGAGGAGAUCAUCAAGAGGGUAUUUGAUCCAGCACUCAAUCUGUUCAAGACAACUAGUGGAGAUGAGAGGCUGUACCCCUCACCCACAUCCUACAUCCACGAGAAUUACCUGCAGCUCUUCGAGUUUGUGGGGAAGAUGCUGGGAAAGGCUGUGUAUGAGGGGAUCGUGGUGGACGUACCCUUUGCCUCUUUCUUCCUGAGCCAGAUGCUCGGGCACCACCACAGCAUCUUCUACAGUUCUGUGGACGAGCUCCCAUCGCUGGACUCAGAGUUCUAUAAAAACCUCACAUCCAUCAAGCGCUAUGAUGGGGACAUCGCUGACCUUGGGCUGACACUGUCUUACGAUGAAGAUGUCAUGGGUCAGCUUGUCUGCCAUGAGCUGGUUCCUGGAGGGAAGACCAUUCCUGUUACCAAUGAAAAUAAAAUUAGCUACAUCCAUCUGAUGGCACAUUUUCGGAUGCACACGCAGAUCAAAAACCAGACAGCUGCUCUCAUUAGUGGCUUCCGUUCCAUUAUUAAGCCCGAGUGGAUCCGAAUGUUCUCUACCCCUGAGCUUCAACGUCUCAUCUCUGGGGACAACGCGGAGAUCGAUCUGGAAGAUUUAAAGAAGCACACUGUGUACUACGGAGGUUUUCAUGGCAGUCACAGAGUCAUCAUCUGGCUCUGGGAUAUUCUGGCUUCCGACUUCACGCCUGAUGAAAGAGCCAUGUUCCUGAAGUUUGUGACCAGCUGCUCCCGGCCCCCACUCCUAGGAUUUGCCUACCUCAAGCCUCCGUUCUCCAUCCGCUGUGUGGAAGUGUCGGAUGACCAGGACACUGGGGAUACCCUGGGCAGUGUCCUCAGGGGCUUCUUCACCAUCCGCAAGCGGGAGCCAGGUGGACGGCUGCCCACCUCUUCCACCUGCUUCAACCUGCUCAAGCUGCCCAACUACAGCAAGAAAAGCGUCCUCCGAGAGAAACUACGCUACGCCAUCAGCAUGAACACAGGCUUCGAGCUCUCCUAGCCCAGCCCGUCUCACCCACCUGUCCUCGAGAGCGCCCAGACUACAGAGCCCUUCAGCCCCUGGAGCAGCUGCUCCCAGGAGUGUGGCCAGCUUACUUGAGUCCUCAGACCCCUAAUAGCCAUGAGAUGCCCAAGCUUGGGGAUGCUGCACAGCACACAGUGUGCUGGAGAGUGCCGUGAAAAAUAAGCUCCUGCCCCUCCCACGUGCCCUCUUUCUGCCUUCUGGGGCCUAAAACCUGGGCCUAGCGAUCGCAGAGAAGCUCCUGGUAGUUCUGUGAGGCUCUCUUCCUUUGCCCUCUGAGUACACAAAGCCUGUGCCUGCGAGCUCCUCCUUCCAUUCUGAAAACUCAGGUAAGGCCUUGCCAAGCCUCUAUGCACAGCAGAGUCCCUGCCUCUACCCUGCCCACAGCAGCCUCUUCCCAGGCAAUCAAACCCAGCUCCUGCCAGGGAGGCUGCUGAGCUCAGUCAGGUCUCUCUUACAGGGAACAGAUGUUCCACACCAUAGCCCUCCCUCCCAAGUCCUCAGCAGGCCAUGCUGUCAGGAAACCCUUGCUGUCAGUACCUGGCCUGUGCAUGGUGUCCUAGCUUGGGAGAGAAUCUUGUCACCCCUGUAGAGCUGCCUCGUUUCUGGGGUGCCCAGAACUUACUGGAUCUGCGUAUCUGCCCGCCUUGUUACCUUAUCGAGAACACAAGAACCUGCAAUGCCCAGCAUCUGGGCAGUGCUUUGCUCCGGGAACUGCAAAGCCCAUCCCUUGGCAAGGGACCCCUUUGCACUGACUGGCCCAGGAGGCUGCGGGUGUAUCCCCCACACCUCCGCACCACCUCUGUUGGCUCUGCUCCUUUUUAGGUUUGGACUUCAUCCUGUUUUCCCACCCAUUGUGCUCCUGGCCCUCUUUUCCUCUUUAUCCUAAGAACUUUCUCCAGGUUCUGGAUGCCGAGGCAGAAGCUCUGGGCUCAGUGAUCUGGUGACAGCCAUGUGCCUCUUGUCUCAUCAAAUUCUUGCAUCCCUCCUCCACUCUGUGGAGCCAGCUUAGGGCUAUAGCGCUCAAAGAAAGGAGACACCUUCCAUCAGGAACCUGCACACUGUGGGAAAGUGAGCACGCUCUGUUCCCACUUCAGCAAGAAACUGUGGCUGGAAGCCUGGGAAAGGCCCCAGGCUUCUGUAGAUCACUUGGCUGGAAGGAUGGCAAGGUCCCUGGAAGACGCCUGGCAGCCGUGUGUGCUCAGCGUGCCCACAGACUCCUGUGCCCCGUGCACAGCCUACCUACAUGAAUAACAUGGAGCCUGGGAAUUCCAGCGGGACAUGGGGAGAGAGUGGUUAAGAACACCAGUAUCGACUUGACCCGUUCGGUUUUACCUAGGGUUGUCUGUAGUUCGCUUCGAGCCUGUUUUCCAGCAGUUGUGACAUCACACUAGCCAAGCACCAAGUCUGUGUCAUAGCCGGUGUUCACUGGCACCCCAUCUACUCUUGGUGGCUCCAAAAAAGGAGUGGGGUUUUUGUUAUUGUCGGUAACUUAUGGACUAAGACUUGUCAGGGCCUUAUUAAAUUUGUACUUGAGCA